AUGUCAAGCCUUUAUGAACUCGCACGCCAACUUCGUCUCAGCUUUACUGAUACCCCAGAUGCCAUCUCAUUAGCCGCGCUGCUUUCCUUAGCAGAUGACUUGGUAUCCAAUUCUUCCUCGGUUGAACCCGAGGUUCUUUCUGCCCAGUUGGAGCAGGAAUUACAAACCAUACACGAUGAGGUUGUUGAUCAUUCCUCAGUAUAUCAUGCCCAAGUCCUUCUUGCUGUCCUCUUUCAUUUGAAAGCCGUCCUCACGCCUCUUACAAUAAUCACGUUCUGGUUUGAUAUCUGUCUUCGUCCAGCUUUACGAGAACCCAAAUUAGCGACUUCCGCGGUCAACAAUGCCAAAGAGCUCAUUCUUGCUGCACUGCACUCGGACGAUGAACGUUAUCAGGAUAAGAUCUGCGAAUUUAGGACUAGGCUACUUGACCUCUACCUCCUUGACGCUUUGAACGAAGGCUCAGAGGAAGAUGUUCUGGAAUGGGCUGAACUGGAUACCGCGCAACGGGAGAGAAAGUCUUGUUGGAAGUCUAAUUUGGAAGACAUCCUACUCCGAUUUGGAGAGAUGCAUCCUCUUGAGCUCAUGUCCCACGUCCACCAACACUUCAACCUUCCCUCCUCACGACUACAACUUCUGAUGUUCAUGAAUUUGUACACAUCUUCUCCUGUAUUUGAAUCACUUGCCGCCAAAUUAGCUUCUCAACCACUCAUGUCAACUUUACUUUCCUCUUUGCUGUACGACAAUUCUUCGACUUCCUGCGCCGUGGGUUUGACUAUUCUGGUCAAACUGUUGCCUAUGAUAGCCGUGCAUGCUUCCGCUGAGCUCAAACGUAUGAUUCCCAGGCUCUUCACAAUCUUUGUUAGAGUUCUCUGUUGGAAAGAAAGACGAAGUUUUCGCGAUCAAGAUGAUGAUGGGGUAGAUUUCGUAGACGAAGAUGCGCCCAAAAUGCCCGCUCUUCGUCCUGAAAUUGAUUGGCAACAACUAGAACUCAUGUUUGGAAAUUCGUCCACUGCGCCUUCAUCUGUGAAGCUGUUCACCUAUCUGUAUUACCUUUUUCCUUGCAAUCUACUCAAGUUCCUCCGCGGCCCGAUAGCGUACCUCACUGAGAGCGACUUAGAAUGCCCAUAUGUCGGUGAUUGGGAGAGUACAUUGGAUGCCAGCGAGAUUAGGACAAAAAGCGAGCAUCUUAUCCGCGGGCAUAUCUGCCACCCUCUCAUCAUCUGGCAAGACGCUCAGGAUGAGCUAUCGAAACCGGAUUUCUGGAAAGACUAUGAUGUUGCUCGUAUAUCAAGUGAAGCCAUGUCUCUCGACGUCAGGUACACGUCUAUUGCAUUUCGUGAACGUUAUCGCGAAAAAUCCCCUUCAGAGUAUGCGUCGUCCGGCGACGAAGACCGAACGCCCGCACCUACAGAACCUGCCAGUACUCGCCCGAAUGAAACACGUUUAUCUCUUCAAAGCAUGGUUGCGACAUCUGUACUCCUCAAAUCCACUGCAGACAUUAAAGCGGAAUUCAUAACGCAACCAUGGCCUCGGAGCAUAUUCUCAGCUGACGACGCCUCGACGGCGUCGAAACCUGCGUCGGAGGCGGAUGAGUCGGUGUUUGAACUGGAUAAUCCGCCUACUCCCUCGCGUGUCACACAAGCCAUCUCUGGUCUCCAGAGAGAGGUGCUCACCCUUCGAAAUGAGCUCAACUUCGAGCUCUGGCUGUCAAGAGAGAAUGUGAAACACAUUGGUCGAUUAUUCCAGGAUCGCAUCAUAUCAAGGAAUGCAGAGGUGGAAAGACAGGGAUUGUACAACAAACUACGAAAUUACCGAACCCAGGUGGUUCGUUUGGAAAAGGAGCUCCGGGAGCACAAACAACUCGCUUCCUCUGCCAGACAAAAACAUACCGACUGGAGCUCGGAAUUACAAACCAAACUGCGAGAAUUUAGGGAAGAAAAAAAAUCCUGGGUAACUGAGGCCGCUACCCUUCGUACUACUCGGAAAGAAAUCGAGGCACAAUUUUCUGCACAGAGCACGCUACUAGCUGAAGCCAACGCGGAAGUGUUCAAGCUCCAAACAUUCAUCAAAGAGCAUCAACACAAGAUCGACCGUCUGUAUGAUUACGAGGCUCAGAUCGAACAGUCUCGCAAAAUGCAACGUCUAUGGGAUGCUGAUUUCGACAAAUUCAAGCGUCGCGGUGAGGAUAUUGAUUUGAUGAAAAGUCAGUGGAAACAAAUGAGUAUGCGACUUGAAAGUCUCGAACAGACUCAGAUGCAAAUGGAGGACCAGGCAAGACAACACCGGCGUCAAAUCCAAAGCUUGGAAUCCCGACAAGCGCAUGAACGAGCAGAAGACCGUUCCGCACGAUAUUCUGCUAUGACUUUGGCCUCCGUCACAGCUGACAAGUCCGCGUUGAUGAACGCUAAUAAGCGACUACAAGAAAGGAAUACAGAACUGUUAGAGGAAGUCGAGGAGCUCGAGAUAAUGGUGGAGCAGCUGCGCGCACAGGUCAGCGGGCGACAAGGCUUGAUUUCUGAACCGCCACAAAGUCCACUCAGCCCACUCAGCCCCCCAAUCAUCUUGUAG